GAAAUAAAGAAAGAAAAUGAAAUUGAGCUCCAAGCAACAGACAACCUCAUCAAAUCUCCAGCAAGGAAAAAUAUGAGAAGUUUAUUAGAUUUGGACCUAUCAUCGUCUUAUCUCUGUCAUAAAGAAGAAAGCACUAAGCGAAACAAAAAGAAGCUUACGGGAAAGUACCUUAAUGCUAGUGUAAUAAUUUUAUUGCGUAAUUCCAUUAAAACUUCAACACGAAAAAAAUUCUUAUUUUCAAAAAAUUUCGUUACUAUUUCAGCUCGAGAUCCAGAGCAUCCAAAAUAUGAUGUUAUAGUAGUUGGUGGCGGCCACGCUGGUUCAGAAGCGUGUGCUGCCGCUGCUCGUACUGGUGCCAAAACUUUACUUAUUACCCAAAAGUUAGAUACCAUUGGCGAAAUGUCUUGUAAUCCAUCAUUUGGAGGGAUUGGAAAAGGAAUAUUAGUUAAAGAGAUUGAUGCUUUGGAUGGGCUGUGUGGAAAAAUAUCUGGUGAUUGGGGGCCAAGAGCGCAAAUUGAUAGAAAGCUAUAUAAAAAACAUAUGCAAGAAUGUUUAUUCAAUUAUCCGAAUCUCACAAUAAAGGCUGGAAGUGUCCUUGAUCUUGUGAUAGCACAUAAUCCAAUAGUUUUCAGUGAAGCAGGAGGUCAAACCAAUAUUUAUGGAGAAGUUCAAGGAAUAAAAUUAGAUUCAGGAGACAUAAUAUUUGCACCAAAAGUUAUUCUUACGACUGGAACUUUUCUUCAGGGUGAAAUUCAUAUUGGUAUGGUCGUGUAUCCUUCAGGAAGAUAUGAGGAAGCACCUUCUUUUGGACUUUCUAAAACUCUAGAAUUGGCAGGAUUUAAACUUGGCCGACUAAAAACAGGAACACCACCAAGGUUAGAUGGCCGAACAAUAAAUUAUAAAAGCUUAAUACCGCAGUAUGGUGAUAUUCCUGCCACACCGUUUUCUUAUCUAAAUACUUCUGUACCUCAUGAGGCGAAUCAAAUAGUAUGUCAUCAAACAAAAACAAAUUUGGACACACACAAAAUAAUUAAAGAUAAUGUAUUUCGGAGCAUUCAUGUGCGUGAAACUGUAAGAGGACCUAGGUAUUGCCCAUCAAUUGAAUCAAAAAUAUUAAGAUUCAAAGAUAAACAAAGUCACAUCAUAUGGCUUGAGCCCGAAGGCCUUGAUACAAAUGUAGUAUAUCCAAACGGAAUAUCUGUGACUUUGCCUGAACAUAUUCAAUACCAAAUGUUAAGAACAAUUCAAGGAUUGGAGAACGUAAUAAUGUUAAGACCAGGAUAUGGUGUAGAAUAUGAUCAUAUUGAUCCACGGGAGCUAAAACCAACUCUAGAAACUCUUCGUGUCAAAGGUUUAUAUAUGGCAGGACAGAUUAAUGGAACCACAGGUUACGAGGAAGCCGCUGCUCAGGGUAUUGUAGCUGGAAUAAACGCUGCUUUGUCAGUUCAAAAAAAACCCGCAUUUAUACUUGAUCGAGCAGAUGCAUACAUUGGUGUAUUGAUAGACGAUUUGACAACUAAAGGUGUUGAAGAACCAUAUAGAAUUUUUACUUCCAGGUCAGAAUAUAGAUUGUCACUCAGGGCUGAUAAUGCUGAUAUACGGCUCACUCGUAAAGGCUAUCUAGCGGGAUGUGUGUCUAGUUAUCGAUAUAACAUGUAUCAACAGACGGAAGAGCAAAUUCAUAGAGGAACAAAAUUAUUACAAGACUAUGUGUUGUCUCCACAGAAAUGGAAUGAACUAGGGAUUAAAGUUUGUUUAGACGGAAAUGUAAGAAGUGCAAAUGACAUAUUAGGGUCUCGUCAUGUAACAAUUUCUGGCCUAAUGCAUAUUAUCCCCGAGCUUUCUGAAAUUGGACUUUCUACACGGCAGAGAUUAUUCAUUGCAGCUAUAUAUAAGGAAUAUCUAGAAAAACAAGAAAUUGAAGUCCAGUCAUUUAGAAAAGAAGAAGAAAUAAUUAUACCUGAGAAUCUGGAUUAUGACAUAAAAAAGAAUGGAGGAAUCGAUGUUAGAGGAGAAUUAUUUGGUGUGCCGUUUGUUGUGCAAUGUAAAAAUUGGAACACACAACAAAUAGGUGGGCCUUCAAUCGUGCGUGAAUUGAUACUUGAUCCGUAUCCUUGCAGUACGAUUGAUAUCGUAGUAAUCCCAUCAAAAUAA